GCUUCUGGCCCAGCGAUUUGGGCGGCGAUUCCUUCCCCACAACAAACGGGGAAGGAAAAAGAAAGACAAUUCUAGCAAUCGAUCUUUUCUUCUAUUAAUAUCUUUCUCCCCUAAAUUUCCGAAGGAUUUGAGAUCAGUUUUCUCUUUCGACAAUCGUCGGCGAGCUCUCUUUGUUUUCCGGCGAUUCCGGCGGUCCCGGUCCGAAUCGCCAACGCGGGGCGGGGCGAGGACAGAGCCUGGAUCUGGUCGGAGGCCGCGAUAUCGGGAAUGGACGGGCGGGAUUGAGGCUGCUUCCCCUCCUUGCCAUGGGCGGAUGCUUGUCCCUCGAGGAGCCCCAGCUCCUCCGCAAUAAGAAAACAGUUAAAAUAAGCAAAGCUGCAUCUGAUGUCCAUGGUGUGGUAAGUGUUCUGGCCCCUCCAAAGGAUGUUGAUGACUUGCGGCUGAUAGGUGGAUAUGGAAAUGUCAACAUAUUCACAUAUCGCGAGUUGAGAGCAGCCACCAAGAAUUUUCGACCAGAUCAAAUUCUCGGAGAGGGUGGGUUUGGAAUUGUGUAUAAAGGUGUUAUUGAUGAAAACAUCAGGACAGGUUUCAAAUCCACUCAUGUUGCUGUUAAAGAGCUCAAUCUAGAAGGCUUCCAGGGAGACAGGGAAUGGCUGGCAGAAGUCAACUAUCUCGGGCAGCUUAGUCACCCAAAUCUUGUCAAACUUAUUGGUUAUUGCUGUGAAAAUGAACACAGACUGCUGGUUUAUGAGUUCAUGGCCUGUGGCAGCCUUGAAAGGCACCUUUUCCGACGGAUUUCCAUCACAAUGUCAUGGUCUACUCGUAUGAAGAUUGCCCUGGGCGCUGCAAAAGGGCUGGCUUUUCUUCAUGGACUUGAAAGACCUGUUAUUUAUCGUGACUUCAAGACAUCAAAUAUCUUACUAGAUGCGGAUUAUAAUGCCAAACUUUCAGAUUUUGGCCUUGCAAAGGAGGGACCUUUGGGAGACCAAACGCAUGUCUCCACUCGGGUCAUGGGUACUUAUGGGUAUGCUGCUCCUGAGUAUGUAAUGACUGGCCAUUUAACUGCCCGGAGUGAUGUUUACGGUUUUGGAGUUGUGCUUCUCGAGAUGCUCAUAGGAAGAAAGGCCAUGGACAAGAGCAGGCCUAGCCGAGAGCAUAACCUAGUAGAGUGGGCUCGCCCACUGUUGAUCCAUAACAGAAAAUUGCUGAGGAUCAUAGAUCCAAGAAUGGAAGGGCAGUACUCUACCAAAGUGGCGAUGGAGAUUGCCGGCUUAGCAUAUCGGUGCCUCAGCCAGAACCCCAGAGGGAGACCCAUCAUGAGCCAGGUAGUCGAGACCCUAGAGGGCAUUCAAGACCAACCUGAGAGCAGGGAAGACAUGCUUCUCCAGAGCUGCAGUAGUGCUGUGACCCUCUAUGAGGUUCCUAAAGAAACUGCGGAUCGCUGACAAGAAACACUCCCAGGAAUGCAGGUGAAAACGAACAGAAGGUACGUAGCAGAAGAACUCAGCCUAAUGAUGGCAGGAGCCCAAAUGGAAUAUAUGCUAUAUACUCCCUUGCCAUAUUAUGAUGGCCCACCACCAAAAUCUUCUCAUCAUAAUGGGGGUGCAAAACCAUCUUUUGAUGAGGUUCAUAUGUAAAUUGUGUGAUGAUUGUUCGACUUUUCCUGUACACUUAUUUAGAUGUUGAUGCGUGAACAUUUCAAUUUAUUGUCAUCCUUUACAACCACA